GCCCGCGAAGGGAUCUUGUGCCGGCCGGUAAUUUGUGAGUCCGGCACGCCCCUGGUUCUCGCGCGAAAUUUUUCCAGCGAUAACACAUAGUCAGUUUAGAAGCGACAGGGAGCAGUACAGCUCGGCUAUGCUCAACACGAAUUAUGAAGACGCUCAGUUUCUUAAGCCGUUUUACCAAGUUUUAAGCAGCCGCGAGGUACGGUGGGUCGCGACCGUUUACGGCAGCAUGUCCUUCAGUUGCCAACUUGAGCAGCGAGACUUGGACGGCGACAGCGACAGGAGACGAGUGCUCCUGCGUUUCAUCUCGUCCGCCAAGCCCGCGACGCCGUUCAAGAUAACUCUGACGGUCAACACGGAUACGUUCUUCGACGUACCGCUCAAGACCAUCAACGUAAGCCGGUACGUGAAGGCGGCCAUCAACUUCUUCAUCAUCAUAAGCCAUGCCAUUCCCGAGGACCUGCGCCUUGAAGUCAUCGUGGUAGACAGGACCCAAGAACCCGGCCUGCUCGCUUCUAUAGCUGACAGUGGCUGCGGCAUCGAUGACGUGUCUGCCGCCAAGACUCAGUUCGCCGUCGCGAAUGUCAAGGAGGACCCAGACGCCACAGUGGAGUGCGAUACGGUGUCGCUGAUCUGUCCGCUAAAAAGGGCGAGGCUCUUCGCACCCUGCCGCGGCGCCGACUGUCGGCACAAACAGUGCUUCGACGCCUUGGCCUACUUGAGGCUGAACGAAGCCACUGUUCGGCCCUCGUGGCGAUGCCCCGUCUGCGACGCAGACGUGGACGUGCAAGGACUCCGCAUGGACCCCUUCACGCUGGAGUUGCUGCGGAAAGUGCCCAUGAAUUGCGACGCGGUGCAGGUCUUCGGGAACGGACGCUGGGCUCCGGUGGACAAGCAUGUCGACGUAAUUUGGAUCCAGGACAGUCCAGUGAGGCCGCUCAGGCCUGUCAUCAGGAAACUCGAGUCGAACUGA